CAGUAAACGCUCCAACGACGCGAUACGUUUCAGUUUAUCAGAGUCAAAUACCGAAGAGUUUUGUGACCAGUUUGUUUAUUUAUAAAUAAAUUAUUAAAAAUGUGUGCUACGACGAACGUUGCUUGUUUAGCCAUAAGUGUUCUUUGGGUUUCGUCUUUUGGUUUCGCUUUAAGAACAAGCAACUACCCAUCCUGCCGCAGCAACGACCAAUGCAUUCGUUUGACCGAGUGCAAACCUUACAUGAACCUCAUAAAGAGCCUGAGGCGCCCUCUCUCGCCCGCCUCCGUACAAUACUUAAGGCGCCAAGAAUGCGGAUUUGACGGUCAUUUUCCGUUGGUGUGCUGUUUCAAUCCUUCUGCCAAUGCCAAUGCCAAAGUCUUCUUCGGCACUGAGGACCCCGUUAAAGAUUUUCCCCAGACCUCAGAGGUACCUGACCAGCCAGAUUUGACCCCCAGUGACUUGAGCGAGUACCGACUAACCAAAGGGAAAUUGCUAGUUGCUCCAGAGAGUACUACCACCACCACGACCACUGAAAAGUCUACCUCAACGAAAUUGUUUAGACGACGUGCCAAUAAAUUAUUGUGGAACGAUGCAGAGAAGAUUGACGAUGCUGUAGACGUCGUCGAACACAGAAAGAACAAAAUGGAGGCGUUCAAUCAGGCUUUCGGGUCGAUGGAUUAUUUUUUCGUGAGGAGGAUGAUGGACCGGACCGGCGAGAUUAAUAACAAGCCUAAUACCACAAACUCUCAGGUGGCUCCCGUUAGUCUAAGAUUAACAAGUGCCGCGAGUUAUUCGUGUUCUUUUUUUUUAAAUUUUGUUUUCGGUAAAUUGCAGAAAUAUUUUGUUACGGUAAACAUGGUAUCGGUUUGGUGUUUGUGUGUCGCGGUUCUGUCGCUUUGUGUCCAUGGACAAGCCGGAUUUUUAUCUUUUGUGCCUCGAUAUUUAGUCACAAAUUUCGAGAACAAACAAUGCUCACCAACAGAGACGUGCAUAAAGAUCACCGAUUGUCGAUUCUUCACAGAUCUCCUGGACAAAACACCCAUACCGAGACCCAAAUGGGUGGUGACGAUGAUCCGUAAACAUCAGUGCGGAUUUGAGGAUAACAUCCCGAAAGUUUGCUGCAAUCGGGAGUAUUUACAGCAUUCGACCACCACGACGACCACCCCCCAACCAAUCACCACCACCCAUAAUCCUCCAAAACGAAUGGUUCAAACCGAACCUGAUCUAUUAUUCAACAGUUUCCCUGGAGACUUUUAUAGUCAUCCCAACAUUGAUUUGUUGCUCGGCCAUAGGUGUGGACCCAUUCCUCAACAAAGGUUGAUCAACAGGAUUACUUCCGGUAAGAAGACUUACCUGGAAGAAUUCCCUUGGAUGGCUUUGAUCGCAUAUAAUACCCCAGACGUGGGCAUCGAGUUUAGGUGUGGUGGUACCCUGAUCAGCGAGUACUACGUUUUGACGGCCGCCCAUUGCAUCCUCAACUCGACAAUUCUAGGAGUGCGACUAGGCGAGUACAACUUGACCAGCACUCAACACGACUGCGUGGGUACCUACUGCGCACCCCCCGUCCAAGACUUUUACAUACAAGAGUCUGUUAUCCAUCCUGAAUACAACGCGAAGACCUUCGACAACGAUAUUGGCCUGUUGAGGUUAAGUAACAAGGCCAAUUUUUCAUAUUCUAAUGUACAACCGGUUUGUCUGCCAUUGUCCGACGUAAACGAUGACUUAACCGGAAAGUUCGCCGUUGUGUCCGGCUGGGGAGUUACCGAACACGGUCACAAAAGUUCCGUGCUACUAAAAGCUUCCGUUCCGGUACUGCCGCUGACUAUGUGUAAAAGAGUCUACAGCCGAUUCGCCAACAUAACCUCAAAACAGAUCUGCGCAGGCGGUUACAAGGGGCAAGACUCGUGUGCGGGGGACAGCGGAGGCCCUCUGAUAUACACCGGGUUGGUAGAUGGGGAACCACGUUAUAUACAGUACGGAGUGGUUAGUUAUGGCCCUAGGGAAUGCGGUACAGACGGACAACCGGGCAUAUAUACCAGAGUCAGUAGUUAUUUAGGUUGGAUUUUGGAUAAUGUUAGGGGCUGAAGCGAAGGGGCGGUAUAUAGUCUUGCGAAGCUAAGGCGAACUUUUCGGUUUAAAAAAUUGUACUAUAUUGGAUAGCUAUAUUAUCGCAAUUAAAAUAAUUGGGGGAUUUCGAUUGUACGUAAGUGUACUUAGGUAUGGAUACCACGCGAACGGCCCAGUAAAAAUUCAAAAAAUAUUUAAUUUAUUAAUAUUUUGUAAAUAAACGGAUUUUAUUGUA